AAUGUUUUACAAAUUCACCUUGCACUAGGAAGUUAACUAGUCGUACGUAAGAAGUUGAAUGGGUUCCUUUUACCUGUAGUUCACAAAUGGCUUACUUUGUGCUUGCAGUCUGCUGGAAAUGUUCUGGACAUAUGAAAUACAAAAGUACCUGGUAGUUACCAUAAAUUACCCAUGCGUCAGUGGCACAAAGCCAAUUGAUUGAUAUAUGGUCGGUUAUUAGUAGGUGAAGACUGGUUAAUACUCUGCACAGUAAGUGACGUGGAGCAAAUUGUAAAUAUUUUUGACAGUUUUCGAUCGAAGUAAAAAUUGUUCCCACUGCCCUACAACAUUUAAAAAGCUUUUUCGACCGUGCAAAGGAAACGCCACCUUCUUUUGUAAACACUUGUUAAUGAAUUUCGGCUUGUCCAUAAAAGAGACAAAACCUACCAUUUAUCGCAUCUAAACGUUGAUUGGAGCUCUCGAAUCCGGGUGACUUUGUUAUUCAAAUUUCUACUAAACAUUGUCGCUUUUCGUCCAAGUAAUGAAUUAAUAACGCUAAAAUCGAACUCGAAACGUGCUUAAUUGUUGCUAUUGCUUCGUAUUUCGAUCUACUUUUAAGUCAAGCAAGUGGCCCUUCUUUUGCUUUUUACUUUGUGAGGGUACUUCGGAGUCAAUUUUGUUAAUAGCUCCUGUGACUAUCUGAGUACUGUAAGCCGAUCGUUUGGGUCUCUGGCAGACUGACAACAACUUGCGAUGGAUACACAGUUGAAGGUGUGAUUUCCAAUUUCCUCGCCGCUGAACAUGGCUGAAGAACUGCAAAGAGCCGACUCCAACCUAAAACCAAGCGAACUGAAGGCUGCGUUUAAGCGAAGUCGAGACAUUGAUGCGCUAUUGGACGAGGAAAGAGAGCUGAAAGAAAAAGAAGUCCAGCUGUUGAUUUUAGGAUCUGGCUGCUCUGGAAAGACAACGUUUCUCAAACAAUUGCGAAUUGUGUAUGGUGACGGCUUCAAGGAAAAAGAGAGAAGAGAAUUCAAACCAAUAAUCUACAGUAAUGUGAGAAGGGCAAUGAUUCGUAUUCUUGAAGCAAUGGAUGAGAUAGGACUCACCUUUGAAAACGAAGAACUUAAAACAGGGGAACUCAGCAAGGAAUUAUUAGAACACGCUGACUCCGAGGACAGUGAAAACAACAACUUUUCGCUCAAAGACAGAAUUCCACUGAUAAAAACGUUUUGGAAUGAUGCUUCAGUGCAGACCUGCUUCGAUCAAAGAAAUCUGUUUUACAUCGACGAUUCUGCUAAAUACUUUUUCGAGAAUCUUGAACGAUUAUCCCAGCCCCAUUACAUCCCGACACACGAGGAUAUUCUUCACGCGAGGCAGCAGACGCAGGGAGUCCAAGAGAGAAAAAUAUCUGUAAAUAGCUACAAUUACAGAGUAAUAGACGUCGGAGGACAGAAGAAUCAACGUAAGAAGUGGAUUCAUUUCUUUGAAGGUGUAACAGCUGUCGUAUUUUUCGCUUCGUUGAGCAGUUAUGAUGAGUUCGUAGAAGAGGACGAGAACUCGAACGCCAUGUUGGAUAGCUUGGAACUAUUUGAAGAGAUCAGUCAUAAUGCUUUCCUUGAAAACACUGAGUUUAUACUGUUCCUCAACAAGCACGACCUUUUCGUGGAGAAAGUAAAGACGUCGAAUCUCUCGGCGUGUUUUCCGGAUUAUGAUGGUGGCCCAGACCCCGAAAGAGGUCUAAAUUAUAUCCGGGAGUUAUUCCUUUCAAAGAAACCCGCUGACAAGCAUGUGUAUUUGCACGUGACGUGCGCAACAGACACUGACGUCAUGAAAACAGUACUUAAGGAUGUUUUCGAGAUUUUAGUCGAUAUAAACCUUAAGAAACUCUCCACGCUUUAGCCAAUGUUAUAAAUAGUAUUUUAAUGAAGUGUCGCUUUCUCAACUAUAUUUGCUCUCUCGGCAGUGAAACGAAAACAGAAUUGUAUUACGAAAAAGUGGAAAAGUAGUUUAUCUUCGUUUACAUGUAAGGACAAUCAGAAUCAGAUUUGCUUGAAGACAAUGAUUUAAAAAAAGGUUUUAUAAAAAUGGUCUUGCACGUAAAUUGUAUGGUGUGAAAAUUCGAGUUUUGGAAUUUCCACGUCUUAUCUUAUUAAUAAGCUCUCCGCUAAUGUCAAGAACUGUAUAUAUAUAUCUAAAGAGAAAUAAAUUGUUUUGUAGAA